CACUCUCCCUCCCCUCCUCGCGCUCCCAAAUCCAAAGGGGUGUGGAAGAGGAGGAGGAGCAGCAGUAACCGUUUUCCAUGACGCGCCAGAGCGGUUCUCUCAUCCCCACCUCCUCCCCGGUGCAAUCAGUCAGCCCGGAGGCACCAAACUGUUAGCGACCAAGACACAGCUCUAGGUGAUUUCCACUACCCUUCUCCCCGCUCCUGUAGGCAUAUUUUGGAAGCCGCAGCAGCUGUGGCAGGAUGUGAGGCGAGCCUGGAGCGCACUUCCCUCUUCGGAGCUAGGAGAGACGUGUAGGCUUAUUGCGCACUGGCUGGAGAGGGUUCCCGGGAAAGGCUAGAGCUGCAAACAAGCGGGAGAGAGGCGGGCAGGCAGAGUUUGCACCUGCCGCCUGCGCUGCCCUCUGGGCUGAAGGGCUGUUGCCCUCUGUGGCGUGCGUUCCUCACGAGGGGCGUGAGGGCCACAGGCUGAGGCGUUUGCGUCCCGCGGUGCACCAUUUGGCCAAAACAAGGUGCGGCUGGAGCAAAGCUGCUCCGAAGUAAAGUCGCGAAAAAGGAAGAGGCUAGGAGGCAGGCGACUUAGGAGAGGCUGGUCGCGGAGCUGAGAGGUGGCACCUGUCAUUCUAGCGAAGGGGCCGAGUGAUUUAGGAACCUUCUUUAAGCUCUCCCUGUCCUGCUCCCCCUAAAGUCCGUAGAAGCUCUGCUGAACUCUAGAAAUCUUCCCUGGGCGGGGAGAAGUUUCUGAGCAUCCUCUUUGGCUAGGACAGAGAGUAGAGAGAACAGGCAGGCGGAGCUGCUCUGGCCGCUGCUCUGGAAGACACUGUCUUCCCCCCCGCCCCCGCCUCCUCCAGCCCUGCUCGCCUUUGGGCAGCCUCUCUGGCCGCUCCGGCAGCUUGAGCCGGCCCUCUCUGGAACCCGGCUCUCCAUCUCGUCCUGGACUGCGGCCCAGCGCCCCAGACAUGGAACUGUAUGCGUGAGCCCUGUUGGACGUCGCCGGCUGUUUGCAAGACUCAGACAGCUGCCAAGGAAAGUGAAUGAUGAAGCCACCAUUUCUUUUGGCCCUUGUGGUCUGUUCUGUAGUCAGCACAAACUUGAAGAUGGUGUCAAAGAGAAAUUCUGUGGAUGGCUGCAUUGACUGGUCAGUGGAUCUCAAGACGUACAUGGCUUUGGCAGGUGAACCAGUCCGAGUGAAAUGUGCCCUUUUCUACAGUUAUAUUCGCACCAACUAUAGCAUGGCUCAGAGCACUGGACUCAGGCUUAUGUGGUACAAAAACAAAGGUGAUUUGGAAGAGCCCAUCAUCUUUUCCGAGGUCAGGAUGAGCAAAGAGGAAGAUUCAAUAUGGUUUCACUCAGCUGAGGCACAAGACAGCGGAUUCUACACUUGUGUUUUAAGAAACUCGACAUAUUGCAUGAAGGUGUCAAUGUCCUUGACUGUUGCAGAGAAUGAAUCAGGCCUGUGCUACAAUAGCAGGAUCCGCUAUUUAGAAAAAUCCGAAGUCACUAAAAGAAAGGAGAUCUCCUGCCCAGACAUGGAUGACUUUAAAAAGUCCGAUCAGGAGCCCGAUGUUGUGUGGUACAAGGAAUGCAAGCCAAAAAUGUGGAGAAGCAUAAUAAUACAGAAAGGAAAUGCUCUUCUAAUCCAGGAAGUUCAAGAAGAAGAUGGAGGAAAUUACACUUGUGAACUUAAGUAUGAAGGAAAACUUGUAAGACGAACAACUGAAUUGAAAGUUACAGCUUUACUCACAGACAAGCCUCCGAAGCCAUUGUUCCCCAUGGAGAAUCAGCCAAGUGUUAUAGAUGUCCAGCUGGGUAAGCCUCUGAACAUCCCUUGCAAAGCAUUCUUUGGAUUCAGUGGAGAGUCUGGACCGAUGAUCUACUGGAUGAAAGGGGAGAAGUUUAUUGAAGAACUGGCAGGUCACAUCAGAGAAGGUGAAAUAAGGCUCCUUAAAGAGCAUCUUGGAGAAAAAGAAGUUGAGUUGGCACUCAUCUUUGAUUCAGUGGUGGAGGCUGACCUAGCAAAUUAUACCUGCCAUGUGGAAAACCGAAAUGGACGGAAACAUGCCAGUGUUCUGCUGCGUAAAAAGGACUUAAUCUACAAAAUUGAGCUUGCAGGAGGCCUGGGAGCAAUAUUCCUCCUCCUUGUACUGCUCGUGGUCGUCUACAAAUGCUACAACAUUGAACUGAUGCUCUUCUACCGACAGCAUUUUGGAGGUGAUGAAACUACUGAUGACAACAAGGAAUAUGAUGCCUAUCUUUCUUACACCAAAGUGGACCAAGAUACUUUAGACCGUGACAAUCCUGAAGAAGAGCAGUUUGCUCUUGAAAUACUGCCAGACGUCCUGGAAAAACACUAUGGAUAUAAACUCUUCAUCCCAGAAAGGGACUUGAUUCCAAGUGGAACAUACAUUGAAGAUCUCACAAGAUAUGUUGAGCAAAGCAGAAGACUUAUUAUCGUGCUAACUCCAGACUAUGUUCUCAGACGAGGAUGGAGUAUUUUCGAAUUGGAAAGCAGACUCCAUAACAUGCUAGUCAGUGGAGAAAUCAAAGUGAUUUUGAUUGAGUGUACAGAAUUAAAAGGAAAGGUGAAUUGCCAGGAAGUGGAAUCACUAAAGCGCAGCAUCAAACUUUUAUCCCUGAUCAAGUGGAAGGGACCCAAAAGCAGCAAAUUAAAUUCUAAGUUUUGGAAGCACUUAAUAUAUGAAAUGCCCAUCAGGAAAAAUGAAAUGCUUUCUCAGUGCCAUGUUCUGGACUCUGCAGAACAAGGACUUUUUGGAGAACUUCAGCCUAUACCCUCUAUUGCCAUGACCAGUACCUCGGCCUCUCUGGUGUCAUCUCAAGCUGACCUCCCUGAUUUCCAGCAUUCAGAUUCGAUGCAAAGGAGGCACUGUUGCAGAGGUUAUAAACAUGAGAUGCCAGCCACCACCUUGCCAGUACCUUCCUUAGGCAACCACCACACUUAUUGUAAUCUGCCUCUGACGCUACUCAAUGGACAGCUACCCCUUAAUAAUGCCCUGAAAGAUACCCAGGAAUUUCAUAGGAACAGUUCCCUGCUACCUUUAUCAUCCAAAGAGCUUAGCUUCACCAGUGAUAUUUGGUAGUGAAAAAUCUAAAGUCCUCUGAACAGCUAUGUGACCAUCCAGAAUUUCUCCUAUACCAAGCAUAAAGUGCACCUAGAACAUUGAGGUGCUGAAAAAGUGUUCGAAGCUAAAGGCACAGAAAUCGCUUUUGUACUUAAAUUUUUUUGUUUACAUUUCCAGAAUAGUGGGGGGAAAGAGGACCUGCUUUUGUAGUAUAGUACCUUGUUCCAAUGUACAGUUUUGAUUUCUUCCUGAAAAGAAAAAUUUUAAAAUCCUAUUGUUUUAGAGUAGGUUUUAUGUUACCACUUGGACUGCAAGCUUAGGAGGUGAGCUAUCUUCCCCAUAUCUAUGAAUAUUUCAGUAUUUAUAUGUUAUUUGAAAUAAGGAAAACUUAAAGACUUUAAUUGAAUUUGAAAAUUUUGAACUAAGUGUAAGGGGGAAGAGAACUUCAAUAGAAUAACUAAAAAAUCAGGAGUUAUCAAGAAAAUGUUGAGGCACUCCAUUUGAAGAUUGUUUGUAAAGGAAAAUCAGUUAAGAAAAAUUGUGAUUGAAAUGUUUAGAACUUCUUCAACAUAAUGGACAACUUCUGUAGACUAAACCAACAACUCAUAAUGACAGCUUUUAGUUUUAUUAGGCAAGCACAUCUUCUGUAGGCAAACUGGUAGGUAGGUAAAGAAUGUGCAUUUCUUAAGCAAAUGAAUAGACAGGCUGUUAGUUCUUUUGAUGAUUUUGAACAACUCUUAUGGCAUUCUAGCCAAUUUCAAAAGUUUUACAAAUUUGAAAGCACAUUUUAAAGUGCACGUUUUAUUGUUUGCUAACAAAUUCGCAUUUGGACUUUUUUCCAAAUGAUCUCUUGACCUGCUAUAAGCUUUAUACGAAGAUGUGAGCAUCUUUCUACGUUUUUUCAGCAUCGUUGGAGUUUGAAUUUAAAUACAUAUUGACUGGUGUCAGCAGUAGAAAAGAAGUAAAACAACAAUAUUCACAGCUGAAGUGCUAAAUGAUUCAAGUUUGCUAGCGGUAGAGCAGCAAUUGCAGUGAUUCUCAUCUGAAAUGUAAUUGUGAAACAGACUAUUCUGUACAUACACAAUAUCUGCUUGGCCAUGUGUACAAGGCUUCUGCAGAAGUAUCUCUAUUCCUGGUGCUUCAGAGAGUAUAUUUUAUAGACUAAACUUCAACACCCUCACAUUGUGACUGUGACUGUACCAUACCAGAAAAUCUCUGUGAAUAAUCUAAAAUAUUAUAAACUUGCUGUAAGGAAUGUGCCCCUAUGCCAGGAUUUAUUAUGGGUUAUGACUCCAUGUUCUUUCCAAUUAAUCAAUUUUGGUGUGCUCUCCACCGAGAUGCCUGUGGGGGUCAACUGUUAUUCAAGGUUGAUUCUGGCAUUUUGCAAAUGGUUCUUAAAUCAUGUUUUCGGACAAAUAUAAAAAAGGACAAAUGUACACAUUGUGUAAAAAUUAAGAAUUUUCCAAGACCUUGUGAAAUUGUGAAACUCAAAUGUAUACGAGAACAUUCGAUAAUAUGUUUUGAUUAUUUUUUAACCUCUUUACAUUAUUGAUUCCCUGUGAUCCAUGUGUUUUGUUCAAAGUACUUGUUUCUCUGUUGCUUUUCUAUAUCCAGCUGCUCAGAAAAUGCAUUAUGCACCAACAGUAUGUGAAAGCUUAGCAGUGAUACAUGUUUAUUUCACAGUGGGACAAUCAGUUGCUCCCUUGGAAAAGUCCUGUUCAACACAUAUAGGUGUUUCAUAGGUGUAUUUUUUCCACCAAGAAAGGUGAUUUUGCUUCUGUAAAAACUAUAGGCAUUUUAAAAUGGAAAUUUAUCAAUUCUGAACUUUUUCUAGGUGUUAUAAAGUUGUAUUUAUUCUCAUUGUUCUUUAAUGAUAUGUGUAAUUACUAAGUUAAUAAUCUGCAUGAAAUGAGUAGUAUAUGUUUAAGUGACCAAUUGUACUUUUUAUUAUUUUGUUUUUCAAAGAAGUCUAGAUUAAUUCAAAUAGAAUGCUCAGUGGUAUUUUUAAACUAAUAGUUCUGUAUUGAGCAUGCCAGUUCUGAAAAUAUAACAUGGGUCUCUCUGCUUCCUUUAUUUACAAUGAUUAAACGUGGGUAGCAAUUUGAGUUGGCUGGCCACAAUGUGUCCUUUCACUACUAGGAGGUAUUCAAAAACAGAGCAUUCACACUUGUGCUGGGGAACUUGACAAGAAACCUUUUCUACCAUUUUCAGGAACCAAUGUGUACACUAUCUAUAAAAAUUUAUUUCUAGAUGGCAAUUCAAAAUUUGAUUUUUAUCAGAGAUUUUUAAAAGAUAUAGCCCAUAAAGGUAUAAUAAGUAUUUAGUCUAGAACAUGAUGUAUUCUUCCAGUUGCUUUCACAGUGGGAAAAAUUUUUCUUCUCAAUUUUUCAUUGAAAUGGAUUUUGGAAACUUAGAAAAAUACUUGUGCAAAUAGUUCCCAUACAUUAAUAGCAAAUUUAUUUAGCUCAGCCAUCAACAGUAUACUUACUUUUUAAUACUGAGGCUAUUUUAAGAUGAAAAAUUCUGAAAAUGUCAGAAAUUAUUAGACAAAUGAGAAAUUCACAAAAGCAAUAGAUGUAUAGGAAAUGAAAACUGUAUUAAGAAUAAAUAAUGCUCAGGGAGAUGGACAACUUGUACAUGGUUUUAAUUUGGCAAAAUAGGAAAUCUAGCAAGUUUGGUAAUCUAUGGGCUCUAAUCUAACUGUGGAGACUCUGAAAAGUAGCUGGGUGGUUCCUGAAAAGAAGUAAAAAAGUAUCUCUUCUCACCUCCUGUAAGUCUUAAUUGAAUUAGAUCCAAUUAGAUCUGCUUUUAAUCACUCAUUAAAAAAAAUGGGUACAACCUGAAAUUAUACAAUGUUAUAAACCAUUAUAAUUCCAAUAAAAUUACUUUAAAAAAAUGGGUACAAAGACACUUGAGAGCUUCUGCUAAGGCUUGAACCCAAGGUAGUAUCAUGUAAAAAGUUGAUAUUUUUUUGAGGAUUGAUGGCAAAUAUUGCAGUACUUAAAAGUAGGAAAUGGGCUGCAAUGAGAGGAGAAACAGUUCAGUUAUGAAAGAGAAGUUUAUAGAGGAGUUUCAAGAGGACAUGGAAAUGAGUAGUAUCCUAUAGAUUACUUCUGUAACAAAUCGGAAAAUAGCAUGUGUGGGAAAAAAGGAAAUUCUGGCUAGAAAGGGAAAGAGAUUUCCUAACCCACUUGGUGAUUGAAGGGCUUACAAGAGAAUGGAACCACUGGUUUCAAACAUUUACUGCCCUUUGGCAUUUUAUUUUUAAAUAAAUUGGUUGGUUUUCACAAAGUGUUUUCUAGAAAAUUAAGUAAUGACCAAGGGAAAUAUCCUGAAAAUUGUACAUAUAAAUCUUUAUACCUCUUGUAUUCAUUUCCCAAGGUGAGGUAGUGAACUG